UUUUGACGAAUACCUUUGUCAACUUCCGGUCUCAUGGCGGGUAGUCCGUCUGCUCUUUCUUUUGAAAAGACGAGCAAGCGUUUAUGAUGUCUUAUGCUCGUACGAAUAAAGUAAAAUAACGGGAGAUAACAGGAGGAUGUUUCACAACAGCACACAGAGAAAGUACUGGACAUUCAAAGACGAGCAGGAGCUUGUCCUGCUGCGGACUGAAGCAAAUGAGAAAUGUAUCAAUGGUAUUGCUGGCAACAUGUCGGAUGAAGAGAAAUCUCGGCAUUUCCUGACUGCACAGGAAGAGAGGCUCUUGUGUCGUCAUUUUGUGUUUGUCAUGAAGGAAUUUUGUGGGAAGUUUCAACCUCCAAUGCCAAAAUGUGUCGUCGGUACUGCAAUAAAUUUCAUGAAGAGGUUCUAUGUUAACAACUCUGUCAUGGACUACCAUCCGAGAGACAUCAUGCUCACGUGUGUAUAUCUGGCUUGUAAGGUGGAAGAGUUCUAUGUGCCGAUCGGCCAGUUUGUAGGCAACCUGAAAGGAAACAGGGAGAAGUUUGCGGACAUCGUUCUUGGAUUCGAGCUGUUGCUGAUGCAGAAACUACACUAUCACCUGACAAUCCACAACAUGUACAGACCGCUCGAGGGGUUGAUAAUAGAUCUGAAGACUCGUUACUCCCAAGUAGGUGACCCAGAGAAGUUACGGCGCUAUGCAGAGGAUUUUAUUGACAAAAGUCUGGGCACUGAUGCCUCCUUGCUGUUUGCACCAUCACAGGUGGCGCUGGCUGCACUGCUCAGUAGCGCGUCACGGGAACAGAUCAUCAUGGACAGCUAUGUGACUGACGCCCUGCUGGCAGGUGCCUCUCAGGAGGAACUCCGGAAAACCAUCACCAUUAUCAAGAAGAUCAAGAUGAUGGUGAAGAGCCAGGACACCCUGCAGCGUGACGUCGUGCAGCUCAUCCAGCGGAAGCUGGAGAAGUGCCGCAACCAGGAGAACAACCCAGAGAGUGAAGUGUACAAACGUAAGAUGGAGGAGAUGUUUGAAGAUGAGGAUGAAAUACGAUCACAGAAGAGAGCACGGAUAGAAGAGGAAACAAGAGUUGCUGAUAGUGAACUGCUGGUUUAGCAUCAACGUCAUCAACAUCAUCAACACCUGCAUCAUUUAUGAGAUCACACUCAAUCAUGAUGUGUAUAUUUGCUUAUAUCGCUCCAUGGAGAACUGCUCUGAUUGGCUGAUGACCCUCUUAAAAACCAAUUCAAGAUGGCUGGCUGCACCGUAAUUACAUCCUGACACCAAACCGUCUCAUGAGACGACAGGUCACAGUUGUAUCUGAGACUGUUCAUCUCUUGACAAGAUUCGUGGGCGGUGGGGUGGCCUAGUGGUUAAAGCGAUCGUCACGCCGAAGACACGGGUUUGAGUCCCCACAUGGGUACAACGUGUGAAGCCCAUUUCUGGUGACCCCGCCGUGAUAUUGCUGGAAUAUUGCUAAAAGCCUAGUAAAAGCGGCAUAAAACCAUACUCACUCACUCACUCACUCAAGAUUCGUGAAUUAUGAGAUGUUCUGGGUCUUACGGAAAGCUUUUGUACACCAUUCAAUCUCAAUGUACACGUGUACAAGGCCUCUCAAGUCACACACAAUAUCCACAACUGACACAUGCACCUCAUAUUAAUAAUAAUAAUGCUAAUUUUUGCGCCUAGUAUCCAACUCAAUGCUUUUCUCUAGCGUUACAUUAUUACCCUGACGCAAUUGUACUUUCAAAGCAGCUACUAAGCGCUUCGUGCGACCGACCGUAUAAGUCUUAUAUACUGAAAGCUUGGGCUAUCAGUGUCUUGUUUACCUGGCCCAUGCUUUGUUAAUUAUGUCAAGUGGUUUAGCUUUAAAAUCAUUGACUGGUGCAUAAACCUAUAUUCGCUCACUCAUUAUUAACAGGGGCGGUGAGGUGGCCUUGUGGUUAAAGCGUUUGCUUGUCACACCGAAUACCCGAGUUUCGAUUCCCCACAUGGGUACAAUGUGUGAAGCUCACUUUUGGUGUCCCCCGCGGUGAUAUUGCUGGAAUAUUGCUAAAAGUGGCGUAAAACCCAACUUAACUCACUCCCUCAUUAUAGACAUCCUCCCAUGACGAUAUCAGUUUCGUGCAUUAGAGUGUGACUGGCUAAUAAACAGGGACCAAGGCCCAAAAUCAUGACGAAAGGACAGAACAAGUGAAUGAGUUAAAUUUUUCGCCUCUUUUAGCAAUAUUCCAGCAAUAUCACGGCUGGGGACACCAGAAAUGGGCUUCACACAUUGUACUCAUGUGGGGAAUUGAACCUGGUUCUUCAGCGGGACGAGCAAACACUUUAACCACUUGGCUACUACACCGUCCCUUGUGUAUCUCAUUUUGAUUCUCCAAUGGCCAAAUUGUAUCAUUCUAUUUCUGCGACCACGUCCAGGCUUCAUAAAGAUACCUGUUAUUAUUGUUAUUCAGUGGUCAGUUAUCCUGGUGUUUAUAUCUGUGGUUGUGUAUUGUGGAAUAUUUGUUGUUUGCGUCUGGAAAACAUGUAAUGAGCAAUUGUGUGGCCUACUUAUGAUAAAUAAAUUAUCUGAAUGUA